AUGACCGCCCAAACCACUCCUCAAACCAACACUCACUCCGAUGAUUCAGACGACAAUUCCGAAGCAGAGGAAUCAUCAUGGGAAUGGCUAUACAGCACCGAACAACCAGAUGUUGUUGGCGAAAAGGGCGACGGUGAUCGCAAGAGGAGGAAGGUCGCGGCCAGUUCCAAGAUUGUCGGGGCUCGAUAUGGCGAUUUCGAAUGCCGAGUCGGGGACACGGUGAUGCUCAAGGCGGGCGAUGCAUCCACUGGAACAUGGGUAGCCAUCAUCUGUGAUUUCCGGGAAGACAGCGAGACUGGAGAAAUGAGUGCCAAUUUUAUGUGGUUCUUGACAGAGAAAGAGAUUCGUAACACAGAGAGGAAGCGAAAAGACUUCCAUUGGAACGAGCUGUAUAUCUCGCCAUCGUUUGACGUAAAUCCCCUGGCGUCGAUCAAUGGCAAGGCCAAUAUCAUGUCCCUAGAUGCCUUCCUCAGUGCGCAUCCCUCCGGAAAGAUAUCGCGAAAUUCACCUGACUAUGGGAAAACAUUUGUGUGUCGACGUGGCUGCAACACCCGGUCUACCACAUACACGGAUGAGUUCGUAUGGGAAGAGAUAUAUGAGAAUGGGGAAGACGUAUCUGCUUUGAAGGACUUUGUGGAAAAGAAUACUAAAACAACCCGUCGAAGAGCUCGAGCUCAGUCACCACCAGAGGGCGACGGCACAUAUCUACCACCUCAAACACCAACCAAGACCGGCAGAAACUCAGCGACAACCCCCAAAUCAAAGCGAGGACCGAGGAGUGGCGGAAAGAAACUCGAGUUUACACCCCUAGCCACCAGAAAAUUGUCGCCCAGCCAAGUUCAAUCUUCUCCGUUCCAGAUUGCACGUUCACGCCUCCAUGUCUCCGCAGUUCCCUCCAGCUUGCCUUGUCGUGAGGGAGAGUUCUCGUUGGUGUAUUCACAUCUAGAAGCCGCCAUUACUGAGGGUACUGGCAAUUGUAUCUAUAUCUCCGGGACACCAGGAACUGGAAAGACAGCCACGGUGCGAGAAGUCAUUUCUCGCCUUGAAGAAGCCGUCGGCUCAGACGAACUGGACGAUUUCAUAUUUGUUGAGAUUAAUGGCAUGAAGAUUACAGAUCCUCACCAGGCAUACUCGCUGCUAUGGGAGGCUCUCAAGGGCGAACGAGCAAGCCCCGCCCAGUCUCUUGACCUCUUGGAGCGAGAAUUCAGCAAUCCUAGCCCGCGACGUGUUCCAUGCGUGGUGUUGAUGGACGAACUUGAUCAACUGGUUACGAAAAAUCAGGCAGUCAUGUAUAACUUUUUCAACUGGCCAACGCUCCGACAUAGCCGUCUUAUCGUCCUCGCAGUUGCCAACACAAUGGAUCUUCCAGAGAGAACGCUAAGCAACAAGAUCAGCAGUCGACUGGGUCUCACUCGAAUAACUUUCCCCGGCUACAAUCACGAUCAGCUUAUGAAGAUUAUCCAGUCUCGUCUUGAAGGCGUACCGGGAAAUAUCGUCGAUGCAGAUGCCGUCCAAUUCGCGAGUCGCAAAGUAGCUGCCGUCAGCGGCGACGCCAGACGAGCGCUGGAUAUUUGCCGUCGAGCGGUUGAGCUGGCGGAGAGCGAUGCUCCGGGCGAUCCAAUGACCCCGAGCAAAAGGGCAAAUGAUAACGGGAUUCCCGACCAGUCUCGGCGUGGAAGAGUCACCAUCUCCACCAUCAAGAGAGCCAUCAAUGAGGCCACGACCAAUCCUAUACAACAACAUCUGCGGAGCCUCCCCCUUACCUCGAAGAUGCUCAUGGCGGCGUUGCUACUGAGGAUCCGAAGAUCUGGUCUGGCUGAGACGACUCUUGGCGAAACGCUGGAUGAGCUUCAGCGCUCCACAGCUUAUGCAGCCCGUCCACCCCCUGGCAUGGCCCAGAUCCUUCCUGGUCUCGCCAAGGGGAAUCAAGUCGGCCGACGCAUGGUAGGACGGCCACAGUACAUCCACACGGCAGCCCUGGAGCUGGUUGCUGCUGGUCUUGUAAACUUGGAGGCUCAUCGUGCGGAUCGGUCAAGCAAAUUACGAUUGGCCAUUGCUGACGACGAAGUGAAGAUGGCCCUGCGUGAUGAUGCGGAUCUCAAGUCCAUGGGCCUGAGUGUAUGA